UUAAAAAAAAAUGUUUUGAGUAGAGAUGCUAUAUAUUAGGUAUCUGGCUGGAAAACGUACUUACGCCAAUUGCCUGGUUGGACAAAGCUUGCUAUAUUAACCUUCUUCAUCACUUGGCAUGAUGUCAGGUGCUAAUAGCACAAGUGACUUAUCACCAAGCACUAGAAAUGCUUUAGCAUUUUUAAUGUCCUUACUAGCUUUUGCUAUAAUGUUGGGAAAUGCUGUGGUCAUUUUAGCUUUCAUCGUGGACAAAAACCUUAGACAUCGAAGUAAUUAUUUUUUUCUUAACUUGGCCAUUGCUGACUUCUUUGUGGGUGUGAUCUCCAUUCCUUUGUACAUCCCUCAGGUACUGUUUGACUGGAAGUUGAAAAAUGAAAUCUGUGCAUUUUGGCUCAUUACCGACUAUCUUUUGUGUACAGCGUCUGUGUAUAACAUUGUCCUCAUCAGCUAUGAUCGAUACCAGUCAGUCUUGAAUGCUGUGUCUUAUAGAGCUCAACACACCGGGAUCUUGAAGAUUGCCACUCCGAUGUUGGCCGUUUGGGUUCUUGCCUUUUUAGUGAAUGGGCCAAUGAUUCUAGUUUCACAGUCUUGGCCUAAAGGGGUUAACAAAUGCCAGCCUGGAUUUUUAUUAAUAUGGUACAUACCGCUCAUCACUUCGUUCUUUGAAUUUUUGAUCCCAGUCAUCUUGGUCGCUUAUUUCAACAUGCAUAUUUACUGGAGCAUAUGGAAGCGAAGUAAGCUCAAUAGAUGCCAAAGCUCUCCUGGACUUGCUUCUGUCUCUUCCAGCGACUGUGGACACUCAUGCCGAUGUGGACUAUUUCCAAGGACAUCUCUUCCUGCACCAAAGGAAAGAGCUACAUCCCUUCAUUCAGAAAGACAGGGAAGGAAGAACAGUCUCUUGCUUUCCUUAAGAAUGCAGCUAAAUAACAAUGUAAUUGCUUCCAAAAUGGGUUCCCUGACCCAUUCAGAUUCCAUAGCUCUUCACCAAAGAGAACAUCUGGAACUGUUCAGAGCCAGGAAAUUAGCCAAGUCACUAGCUAUUCUUUUAAGUGUUUUUGCCAUUUGCUGGGCCCCACAUUCUCUGUUCACAAUUGUUCUUUCAACUUACGAACCAGAGAACCGUCCUGAAUCACACUGGUAUGAAGUUGCAUUUUGGCUUCAGUGGUUCAACUCCUUUGUCAAUCCUUUUUUAUAUCCAUUGUGUCACAAGAGUUUUCAGAAGGCUAUCUCGAAAAUAUUUUGUAUAAAAAAGCAACCCAUACCAUCACACCAUCGGUCAAUAUCCUCUUAGAGAUAAUUUCCUUAGUUCCGUAAAUUUUUGUCCUAAUCUCAUCUAGAUAAAUUUGAUCUGGUUUUCAUCUUGCCCUUUCCACUGUACAGGAAAAGUCCAUGGAAACCUAAAAACAUUUGAGCAUGGAAAAGUCAGUGGAAAAUUAGGCCAAUAAUAAAUAAAACAAUAUAGUAAUAACAGUAUAAUAAUUAAUGGACAAUAAUGUUCCUGUAAACUCAUAGCCACAAAAGUACUACAUAUUUCCUUAGUCAUCGCCUCUUUCUCAUUUUUAGAUCUUGAUACAGCAUUGAUUAUGAAAGAACAGAGUUUUUGUUUGGUUUCUGUGUUCAGUGCUUGCUCCAGUUUUAAGUGAAUUUUUUUUUUUUAAUUUAAAAAUUUUACCCAGUUUGAAAAUAGCUCCCUAAAGAAUGCAAGAGGAAAAAAAAAAGAGCUGUUUUUACAUGGUUUGGGUGAUUCUGUUAUGAUCAGUGGGCAGGUGAGUUGGAAAAAUGGGAGCAUGCUCAGGCCAGCUCGUGUGUAUUUAUAUCCCUGGACUCAGGAAGGAAGGCAGUAAGGCGUGGCAGUGGGAAGAGCUGGAGAUGGCAGCUCUCCAUGGUCUUCACUGGUGAUCUGGGAGGCCUGGGAGAUCACAGGGUUAGAGGACGAGGGACAGGCAAUGGUCACCAGUGGUUGAAAGGACUGCCGGUCCUACUCCUUCCUGCCCUCUUCCAAGUUCUUUAUCAACUAAAAUUCCCGUUUUGUGAGAAACUAUGGGAAAGAGAGGAGCUGAGAGAUGGUGAGAAGAUAAUGUGAUUAACCUAGAUAUGCCUGGUAAAACAUUCACAGAACUAGUGGAUGUUGAUACUUGUUAAUAAAAUGUUCAGUGUCUCUAACUAAGUUGUAAAAUAUUUUACAUUGUAAUACUUGGUUAUCCCUUUAUUAUGUAUAUGUUAUAUGAGGGGCCUUCAUAGUCUUGGAUAGGUUAUACAAGGAAGGUCUUAAAAAAUGAAUGAUAAAUGCAUAUUAUAAAAA